UUCAAAUGAUAAAAUACUUUAAAAUGAUUAGAUCAGAAAUGCUAGGUGAAUUUGGCACAGUACAUAGUGAAGAAGAAGGGCUUUUAGUAUCUAACAAUUUUAGAACUCAUGGAAAUGAGGUGCACAGUGAAUACAGUGACCCCCCUGUGGAUAGAUCUGAUCUCCUGCCUGCAGUUUCUGCUUCUUACAGGAAUAUAUUAAAACAGCUCGGAGAAGACCCAACAAGAGAAGGGUUGUUAGACACCCCUAUGAGAGCUGCAAAGGCUAUGAUGUUUUUUACUCGUGGCUAUCAGGACACAGUAUCCUCUGUUGUAAAGAAUGCUGUUUUUAAUGAGCCCACAGAUGAGAUGGUGGUUGUCAAGGAUAUAGAAAUGUUCAGUCUUUGUGAACACCAUUUAGAUGAGGCUCAACAAGAAUCUGAUAUCAAUCAAAUAAAGCUGCUACUUAUUUUGCAGCACUUAAUUAUUAAGGUCCAAGAAAGAAUGACCCGUGAGGUGGCAGCUGCAGUAUGGGAAGCUGUAGCUCCUGCAGGGGUUGGGGUUGUUAUUGAAGCCUGUCACAUGUGUAUGGUGAGUUAAAAAAAAGUAAUUCUA